AUGUGGGACUUAUGGUUCGACAUUGUUGAAGAGAGUGAAUUGAUGGAAGAUGAUGAUGAACCGGUGUUCUUUGGCCCACCUCGACCUCCGGCUUGGUUUCAUUGGGUGGCUGGCCACGGCGAGCCGCCAGUCUUCCCAGCUGGUCUUCUACCUAUUGGUAGCGAAUUCCAGGUGGAUGACCUUCUUUGGGACGGCGCAUUCCUGAUUCUCCCUCAGGGUCCCGUCCCUGAGCCACGCGAUGUCGAUGAUUCAAGCGGUCCUUUCUGGGCUCCUCCCUCAGUGACCCCCCGUCAACAUCAUUUCCUCCCCAGAGAACAUCGGACACGCGAUGAAGACGAACUCUCCUUGCAAAUGCUAGAAGAGGGCACAGCUGAAAACCGAGUUAUUGAUCCUCUGGACAACCUCUUAUUGGAUCGCCCCCCAUGGGCUCCUGACUUCCCUCCCCCUCCUCGAGCGACGAUCCGUGAUGUGGUGAAUUUGGUCGAGUCAGAACCCCCGCUUCCUCCUCCAGGCUGGCAAACUGCGCUCACCCUCCUUCGACCCUGGUUUCACGAAGCGCCGUGGAGAUUGGAGCCCGUGACCCAUAUUCCCGAGCACAUUAUCGGGCAAGAUGAGCUAGGGCUGUGGGUCGAUGAUGCUGUGGAGGUUCUGAUCAGGCGCAACAGGACGCUGCUGCAGUUUAUUAACUUUGAUAUUCGUCAGGAAAUGACUGCUGCACUAGACGUACCUCGAGCUUGA